AUGGUUCCUGAUCGGAGAUUGGAACAGCUUGUAGAGAGUACGGUUGAGAUGGGUCGAGAGCGGUGCCACUACCACAACGUGGCUGACGAGGCGCUGACACUGUUCACGGACCAUUCGUGCGGGCGGGAAAUGAUUCCAACGGUUACCACUCAGGUACUGGAGCAGCACAGCGAUGAGGUGUGGUGCGUGCAGUUCUCUCACGACGGCACCAGGCUCGCCACUGCCUCCAAGGACCACACUGCUGUAGUCUGGCAGAUCGAUGACAGCUUCUCCCACCGUCGCCUGCACACCCUAUCCGGCCAUUCCCUCCCGCUCUCCUACGUGGCGUGGAGCCCAGAUGACUCGCUGCUGCUCACAGCUGGCAACGACCCCUUUGUGUGCCUCUGGGAUGCCACCACUGGCCGCCUGCUCCGCUCCUUCUCCAAACACCACGAUGCCAUUUCUGCCUGUGCGUGGUUUCCCUGCGGGCGGCGGUUCUUGUCAGCAUCUGCGGCGACGGAUCGCACAGUGUGUGUGUGGGACGUGGAGGGGGUCGAGCUGCCCUCGUGGGGAGGGGUGGGGCGGCACCUGUGGCAGCAGGAUGGGGGCGAUUUUCCUCGCAUCAACGACCUUGCUGUCAGCUCCGACUGCUCCCAUGUGGUGUCAGUGUGCAAUGAGAAGGAGAUUCGGGUGCACGAGCUUCCCUCGGGAAAAGAGCAUGUGGUGAAAGAGACCAAGUCAAUCACGUCGCUCAGCAUGUCUGUGGACGGCAGGUGGGUGUUGGUGAACCUAUCAUCAGGCGACAUCCAUCUCUGGUGCAUUCAGGACAUCUGUGCUGCCAAGCCUCCUGACAAGCCAGCUUUUUCGUACAGCGGGCAGGUGCAAGGCCGCUUUGUGAUUCGCUCCUGCUUUGGAGGCCAUGAUCAGCGCUUCAUCAUAAGUGGCAGUGAAGAUGCUCAAGUGUACAUGUGGCAUCGCGACACUGGCGAGGUUAUGGAGGUGCUUCCGGGGCACUCCGGGACAGUAAACGCCGUCUCUUGGCCGACCACCCGGCCACACAUGUUUGCUACAGCCUCGGAUGAUGGCACUGUGCGCAUUUGGGGGCUACCCUCUCUUGUUGCUGGAGGUCUGGGAAUGGAAGUGGGAGGUUCGGAUGGUGGUAUGGGUAUGAAUGUUGAGACGGAUAGGGAGGAUGGUGGGGGGAGUGCGAUGUUGGGAACGGAGUGA